AUAUAUAUGUGUGUGUGUGUGUGAUGUUAGUUUGGUUUAUUUUAAUUUACUGAAAACUCUUGUAGAGCUCUCCCUGGGCCUCCCCUUUGACCUCUUCUUCCUUUCUCUCCCCUUAAAACGUUAAACCCCCCCUUCCUCUUUCUCUCCAUUUCCACUCUUCUUCUACAUUUCUCUCUUCUAAUGGCUGUUGACGUUCAUUCCUCUGUUUCUCAAGAACCCAUCUCUUUUCCUAAUGGACUUCAUGAUUCUCCUACACACCCACAUGGAAUUAUCCAUCCUAUUUCCACCCAUUCUGUUUCUCAACUUCCUUUCAUCGAUGAUUCCGACAAUCCCAAGCUCACCCCUAAGCUUUCCAUUCCUCACACUUUCCAUAAAAAUCAAACCAAGCUCUCUGAUGUUGAAUCUCCCUCUUCCUCUUCUUCUUCUGCCUCCUCCUUCGAUACAGAGAAAUCAGAGGAUUUUAUUUCUACCCAUCAUAACGGUCAUAUUCCUGUUCGUCCCCACCACGAAUUGAAACCCAAUAAUGGCGAAAUACGCGUAUUGGAGCCUCAUUCUCAACUUCCUAAACCCGAGGCCCCACCUGGGAUUUCCGUUUCCUCCGCCGAAGAACCACCGCACAAACGGUCGCAGAGUUUGUCUGAGAAUAUCUCUGUCGACAUGCCCUCGAUCGGGAAGUUUAUACGUGAGAGAAGCAAUAGCUUAUCCGCGGCGAUUUUCAAGCGGAUUUCGUCGCUUAAAGAUGAAGACCAGGACGAUGAGGACGACAACGGGAAGUCCCAACCCGGCGUAACCGAAAUCAAUCUCUCCGGUCUAAAAGUCGUGGUGAAAUUGAAGAGCGAUGAAGAGAGAGACAGAGAACUAAAGGGAAGAAUCAGCUUCUUCUCGAGGUCGAAUUGCAGGGACUGUAAAGCGGUUAGGAGUUUUUUCAACGAAAAGGGAUUGAGGUUUGUUGAGAUCAACGUCGAUGUUUUUCCCCAAAGAGAGAAGGAGCUGAUGAAGAGGACGGGAAGUACACUAGUGCCGCAGAUUUUCUUCAACGACAAGCUCUUUGGGGGUCUUGUAGCCUUAAACUCCCUAAGAAACAGCGGCGAAUUUGACCGGAGAAUCAAAGAUAUGCUCAGCCAUAAAUGUCCCGACGACGCACCGGCUCCGCCAGUAUACGGUUUCGACGACCCAGAUGAAGGAUCGCCGGACGAACUACUUGAGAUCGUGAAAUUUCUGAGACAGAGAUUGCCGAUUCAGGACCGUCUAAUCAAAAUGAAGAUCGUCAAGAACUGCUUCUCCGGCAGCGAAAUGGUGGAAGCGCUUAUUCACCGCCUUGACUGCGGCCGUAGAAAGGCUGUUGAAAUUGGAAAGCAGAUGGCCCAGAAGCUCUUUAUCCAUCACGUCUUUGGGGAAAAUGAAUUUGAAGAUGGGAAUCACUUCUAUAGAUUCCUUGAGCAUGGGCCAUUUAUAUCUCGUUGCUUCAAUUUCAGGGGCUCAGUUAAUGACAAUGAGCCCAAGCCCGCUGCCAUUGUUGCACAAAAGCUCGCCAAGAUCAUGUCCGCCAUUUUAGAAUCUUAUGCCUCUGAAGAUCUCCAACAUAUUGAUUAUCUCACCAUUAGCAACACUGAAGAAUUUCGAAGGUACAUAAAUGUAAUAGAAGACCUUCACCGCGUGAACCUCUUGGAACUAUCACAAAAUGAAAAAUUAGCUUUUUUCCUAAACCUUUACAAUGCUAUGGUGAUUCAUGGGUUGAUAAGAUUUGGACGACUAGAGGGUGUAAUUGACAGAAAAUCCUUCUUCUCGGAUUUCCAAUACUUGGUCGGUGGACACCCAUAUUCACUUAUAGCCAUAAAGAAUGGGAUUCUCAGAGGCAAUAGGAGGCCACCUUAUUCCUUUGUUAAGCCCUUCAGCAGUUCUGACAAGCGAUUGGAGCUUGCUUAUGGGGAAGUGAAUCCAUUAAUUCACUUUGGACUGUGCAAUGGCACAAAGUCAAGCCCAAGAGUGAGAUUCUAUACUCCUCAAGGAGUAGAAGCAGAGCUAAGAUGCGCCGCAAGAGAAUUCUUUCAAAGUGGAGGAGUGGAGGUUGACUUGGACAAAAGAACUGUUUAUCUCACUGGAAUCAUCAAGUGGUUCAGUGUGGACUUUGGGCAUGAGAAAGAAAUCUUGAAGUGGAUAAUGAAGUUCUUGGAUGCCAACAAAGCAGGUUUUUUAACACACCUUUUGGGAGAUGGAGGUCCAGUCAACAUAGCUUACCAAAACUAUAAUUGGACCAUGAAUUCUUCUUAAUAUGUAUUCAUCUAGAUCAUCACUUUAAUUAAAUGACACAAAUAUCCUCAAAAGGAUUUUGUUUGUGGGCUUUGUCAUGCCCUUUCAUUUCCAUCCAUUAUUGUAAAUAAUAUUAUAUUAUAAUAGCUUUCUUCUUCCUUUUCAGUGUCACCCCCUUUCUUAAGUAUUUCUCAGAAAUCCCAAAAUUUCUUUUGAGAAUAUAUGUAUGGGGGUGUUGUUUUGUUGGGGUUUGGGGGUGGGGAUAAGGGUAGAAUGGAAAGUUGAUGAGACCUUCAUUGUUUACAAACCAUGUUAUUAUAUAAAUUUAUAUAUUAUUUAUGAGAA